GAAGGAUGUGAAUCAUAAAGAUAAACAAUGUAUCCAUGACGCUUGGGUGCGAAUAAGCGAGCACAUGAAAAUCCCGGUCGCAGAGUUGAAAAAGAAGCGGGACUCACUUAUGGCUACCUAUCGUAGUCAUAAAAGAAGGGUUAUUGCCUCCAUCCAGUCUGGAGCUGCAGCCGAAUCAGUAUAUAAACCAAUAUGGUUCGCCUAUGAGUUUAUGGACUCAUUUUUAAAUAAUAUUGUUCAGUGUAGAAAUACAUUGAACACAGAUACACAGAAUACAACAACUACAACAGAAAGUGAAAAAUUAGAUGGAGAAGAGGAAGUUGUAGGCGCAGGUUCUGCGCCUACGACUUCCUCACUGGAAACAGUACCGCGGCGCCGAAAAAAUCCUAUGGAACUACAAGAAGCUGGGAAGACGAUGAAGGAAGCCAUGAGUUCACUGAAUAAAGUUUUGAAUAAACCGGUAGUGCCCGAAGACGAUUUUGAUCGUUAUGGCAAAAUUCUUGCUAAUAAGCUCCGUAAACUAAGUGAAACAGAUAGUUUAAAAAUGAUGUAUGAAAUAGAUGGAUUAUUUAUAAAGCGCAUUAAUGCUAUACCCUCAUAUUUCACACAGCCUUCACCGACGUACACUAUGCAUUCAGAACCAACUUCAAGACUUGUACUACAUUCUACUACAUCCCCUACAUACUACGUUCGGCCUGAGUCGGCAUGCACUACAUAUUCUGAUCCAGGGGUUCAAAGAUCACAUUCCGAUAACGUUAUUCAAAUUUUGUCUGACGAGAUUGUUAGUCCACCAACAGAUUCAGCGCACAAUACCGACAUUGUAAAUCAGGCAUUUUAUGAAGCAUAGUUUUAUAAGUACCUACUUCCUUACUACAAUUUUGACCAUAACCUAUUUUUCCAAAACUGUGUUCGUUUUUAAUAAAUAAUUUUGUAAUU